UCUCUCUUCCUGUCCCUCUCUAUAGCUUGCAAAAUCGGAUACUACAAGGCGCUUUCGACAGAUGUUGCGUGUGCCAAAUGCCCGCCUCACAGCUACUCCAUCUGGGAAGGCUCUACCUCCUGCACCUGCGAUCGGGGCUUUUUCCGAGCUGAAAAUGAUGCUGCAUCCAUGCCCUGCACUCGCCCUCCAUCUGCACCCCAGAACCUGAUUUCUAAUGUCAAUGAGACAUCGGUGAACUUGGAGUGGAGCGCCCCACAGAACAAGGGAGGACGGGAGGACAUCUCCUACAACGUGGUGUGCAAGCGCUGCGGGGCAGGGGAGCCCAGCCGCUGCCGGUCCUGUGGCAGUGGUGUGCAUUUCAGCCCCCAGCAGAACGGGCUGAAAACCACGAAGGUUUCCAUCACUGACCUCCUGGCACACACCAACUACACCUUUGAGGUCUGGGCAGUGAAUGGAGUGUCCAAGCACAACCCCAGCCAGGACCAAGCCGUGUCGGUCACUGUGACAACUAACCAAGCAGGUAGGAACCUAAAUGCACUUUCGAUUCCAGUCUCUUUUGCCUGGUUUUAGGAAGGCUGUGGUUUC